AUGGACACCGGCGCUGACCUCAACGUGAUGACUCUAGAAAGGGCAGAGUUGCUGGGGUGCGGUACCGUUGACCAAAACAGUGGCACUAUGUUGAAAGGCAUUGGGGAGAAGCCGACUCUCUCUUUAGGAACUGUUCGGAUCAAGUUCUCGCUCCGUUGCAAUUCCAAGGAACGAUGGGUUGUGUUCCAUCUUGUGCAUGACCUGGGUGGGCACCAGGCCCUUCUAGGUGUGGGCCUGACUAUGGAGCUCAAGCAUCUUCAUCGACCUCGAUGCAUGGAAUGCGAGAGGGCCAUGCCGCGACCGGUGUAG